AUGUCAUUGAGCAAUUUCGAUGCUGAAAACGCCGACAAUCUCGAGGAUAUCGAGAAGCAAUUCGCUGUCAAGGCCGUUCAACAAGCCGAAGUCUACUGGAACUUGAUCACCAAGAUCCCAGGGUCAAAGUUGAAACUUACCAAAUAUGAUGAAGAACUUUAUGAAGAUUUGGUAACGGAUUUCCCGGAAUUUAAGGACGCUGUCUACAUCUCCAAUAUCGAUGAAAACGAAUUGAAGAAUCACAAGAACAAGGAAAGAUGGAGAAAGUUUUGCAAGAAGUGGGAAACCAAGAUUGACGAUUACAAUUUCGGAACUUUAUUGAGAACCAGCCCAAAGAAUGAAUACGAUCAAGACGGAACUAUUUUUGCUUUAAGAUUACAAUUUUACGCCUUUGAAAUCAGCAGAAACAAGAUGGGACUUAACGAUUGGGCUGUUGGUAAAUAA